AUGGGCUCUAAUCAGCAGCAAGUGCAGCAACAACAACACCACCAACUAGCAAAUGAGGAGAAUAGCGGCGUUGGAUCAGCUAAAGGAAGCUUUCUUUGCAGGAAAACUAGGAGAAGAUGGACUCCAACACCUGACCAGAUAAGAAUACUGAAGGAACUUUAUGAUAACCGUGGAGUUAGGUCUCCAAAUGCAGAUCAGAUUGAAGAAAUCUCUGCUAGGCUUAGACAGUACGGUAAAAUUGAAGGCAAGAAUGUCUUUUAUUGGUUUCAGAACCAUAAAGCUCGUGAGAGGCAAAAGAAACGUUUCACAACUGAUGUACCCAUGCAACAACAACAACAACAACAGCAACAACAACAACAACAACAGCAACAGCAAAGUACUGCUUCUGCUACUGUUAAACCAGAUCAAGAUCUUUCUUUCUACAACAAAUACCCUAGUUUUACUUCUCCUGGGUUUUCUUCUUCUGCAUCUCCAUCUUCAAAUUCUGGGUUUACUGUUGGACAGAUGGGAAAUUAUGGGUAUGGAUAUGGUAACAAGGAAAAGAGUUUUAGGGAGUGUUCAAUAUCAGCUGGUGGAUCCAUGAGCUCUAACCAUGGAUGGGUUGGGAUUAAUGAAAAUCCUUAUAGCAGUGGAUCAUCUAGUUACUCAUAUUUUGACAAGCAAAAAUCAAGUUAUAUGGAAACCCUAUUUGAACAUCAUGAUGAAGAACAAGAAGAAGAACAAGAAGCAGAAAUUGAAACUCUCCCUCUCUUCCCUACACAAAGAGAAGACAUUAAUGGCUUCUGCAGCAACAUAAAGCACAACCCUCUUUCUUACUCUCAGUGUCACAAUUGGUAUGAUUCUGCUCAAGAAAGAAACAACAACACUUUCUGUACUACUUCAUUAGAGCUUAGCCUCAACUCGUACACUGCUAAUGGGCAGGGACCAGAUUCUAUCUAG